AGUGCUGUCGUGAGGAUGGAAGCAGCAGGACUCAGGCAGGCUCCUUCGCCUCGGUUCACCCACUGUGGGUGGGGAAGAGUAUUCCCCACCCACGGGCUCAGAGGCUGGAGCUGCUGUCAAGGUUAAGCCCGGGAGGGGGAGGAGUCUGGACUGGGGAGGACCUGGAGGUUGGGAGACGCCAGGAAGUGAGUGUAAGGUGGGCACAGUGCCACCGGGGCAGAGGGCGGGGUCACGGGCGAGGGAGGCAGGAAGUAGAGUGGGGCCUGACUGCUGUAUCCCUCCAGCGGGAGAAAUAAGGAAGUAAGCUGGCCAAUCACCCAGUCAGGUCUGCUCAACAGGGAACGCAAUUAUUGUGACUUGGGGAGGAAGUAAGAUGGCUGCCCUCCUUCCCUCUUCCCAGGAGACAGCCAGGGAAGCUCCAGCUCACACCUCACGGCAGGCUGUUCCCUGGACUUGGGAAUCAGGUCCCAGCAGGAACAGGAGGCUGAAGGGGCGGCUGCCCCUGCCGACCCAGAGAUGGUCACCUUACCUCUGCAACCUAGCAGCACCAUGGGGCAGGUGGGACGGCAGCUCGCCAUCAUCGGGGACGACAUCAACCGACGCUAUGACUCAGAGUUCCAGACCAUGUUACAGCACCUGCAGCCCACGGCAGAGAAUGCCUAUGAGUACUUCACCAAGAUUGCCUCCAGCCUGUUUGAGAGUGGCAUCAACUGGGGCCGUGUGGUGGCUCUUCUGGGCUUCGGCUACCGUCUGGCCCUACACGUCUACCAGCGCGGCCUGACUGGCUUCCUGGGCCAGGUGACGCGCUUCGUGGUCGACUUCAUGCUGCAUCACUGCAUUGCCCGGUGGAUUGCACAGAGGGGUGGCUGGGUGGCAGCCCUGAACUUGGGCAAUGGUCCCAUCCUGAACGUGCUGGUGGUUCUGGGUGUGGUUCUGUUGGGCCAGUUUGUGGUACGAAGAUUCUUCAAAUCAUGACUCCCAAGGGUGCCCUUUGGGGUCCCAGUUCAGACCCCUGCCUGGACUUAAGCGAAGUCUUUGCCUUCUCUGCUCCCUUGCAGGGGUCCCCCCUCAAGAGUACAGAAGCUUUAGCAAGUGUGCACUCCAGCUUCGGAGGGCCCCUGCGUGGGGGCCAGUCAGGCUGCAGAGGCACCUCAACAUUGCAUGGUGCUAGUGGGCCCUCUCUCUGGGCCCAGGGGCUGUGGCCAUCUCCUCCCUCGGCUCUCUGGGACCUCCUUAGCCCUGUCUGAUAGGCGCUGGGGAGACUGAUAACUUGGGGAGGCAAGAGACUGGGAGCCACUUCUCCCCAGAAAGUGUUUAACGGUUUUAGCUUUUUAUAAUACCCUUGGGAGAGCCCAUUCCCACCAUUCUACCUGAGGCCAGGACGUCUGGGGUGUGGGGGUUGAUGGGUCUAUGUUCCCCAGGAUUCAGCUAUUCUGGAAGAUCAGCACCCUAAGAGAUGGGACUAGGACCUGAGCCUGGUCCUGGCCCUCCCUAAGCAUCAUGUGUCCCAGGAGCAGGACCUACUAGGAGAGGGGGGCCAGGGUCCUGCUCAACUCUCCCCCUGCUCCCAUUCCUCCCUCCGGCCAUACUGCCUUUGCAGUUGGACUCUCAGGGAUUCUGGGCUUGGGGUGUGGGGUGGGGUGGAGUCGCAGACAAGAGCUGUCUGAACUCAUGUGUCAGAAGCCUCCAAGCCUGCCUCCCAAGGUCCUCUCAGUUCUCUCCCUUCCUCUCUCCUUAUAGACACCUACUCCCAACCCAUUCACUACAGGUGAAGGCUCUCACCCCCAUCCCUGGGGGCCUUGGGUGAGUGGCCUGCUAAGGCCCUUCCUUGCCCAGACUACAGGGCUUAGGACUUGGUUUGUUAUGUCAGGGAAAAGGAGUAGGGAGCUCAUCUGGAGGGUUCUAAGUGGGAGAAGGACUAUCAACACCACUAGGAAUCCCGGAGGUGGGAUCCUUCCUCAUGGCUCUGGCACAGUGUAAUCCAGGGGUGUAGAUGCGGGAACUGUGAAUACUUGAACUCUGUCCCCCCACCCUCCAUGCUCUUCACCUGUCUAGGUCUCCUCAGGGUGGGGUGAGAGUGCCUUCUCUAUUGGGCACAGCCUAGGGUCUUGGGGGUGAGGGGGGAGAAGUUCUUGAUUCAGCCAAAUGCAGGGAGGGGAGGCAGACGGAGCCCAUAGGCCACCCCCUAUCCUCUUGAGUGUUUGGAAAUAAACUGUGCAAUCCCCUCA